AUGGGCAAUAGUUUAAGGUGUUUAUUGGCUUGUGUUCUUCCUUGUGGAGCUUUAGACCUCAUCCGUAUAGUCCAUUUAAACGGCCACGUCGAAGAAAUCACGCGACCGGUCACCGCCGCCCAGAUCCUCCACGCCAACCCUAAUCACAUCUUAACCAAACCCAGCUCUCAAGGUGUUGCAAGUAAAAUUUUGAUCUCGGAUUCCGAUCAUCGUUCCCUACUAAACGCCAGAAUUUCAGAAACGAAACGUUCAGGCCGCGGUCACAGAGAUCGUCGGAACAGUCGUGAACGAGUAUGGCAGCCUCAUCUCGCUAGCCUCUCCGAGGACUAACAA